AUGAGGCAUUCCACCCUGUAUAGUGUCCCUAAACUACCAAACUAUUAGAAUCGCAUCUUCUUAAAAAUUUAAUACCUCCCUCUGUGGCGAAGCUAUUAAUGAGUAAAAACACGCAUGCAUUUGCAUUGGGAAGUUAUCCGUUAUAUCAGUUGACCGUUUUCUGGGAAAAACAAAGUUUUUUAUCUCGACGUGUCAACACACAGCCAAUAGCAAACCGAUAUAUGGAUACACACCCGAUGUCAUGAGACAGUUCAUUGUAUAGCUUAAUUAAUGCACGUGCAAUUAUCUUUUCUGAGAAGGUUAUUCUUUGUCGGGCCUGUGAAUUAAGACAAGAUUCUACAAUAUGGUUUCGGUGCGGUCGUUUUGCUGCUGGUCAAUAUUGUUCUUAGCCGUAAUGGUACAGUCUAUCAACGACAACUUGACAUUGAGAAGGCCAGUUAACCGAAGAAGCAAACGUAUCUUACCGCCGUUCGCGACAGUUAAUACCAAAGAUCCGCAAUGCGCUCUGUUGAUGAAUGAGAGUGGAAUUACAGAAGUUAUUAAACUCGUACAGCAUGAGCUUGUUAACAUAGUGGAUCUUUCCUUCUCGACGAGUUCCAACAACAGGCUGUUAGCGAACAAGCAAAUAGCAAUAGUGAAACCCAUUGGUGAACAAAUUUUGUAUGCGCUUGAUAUAAAUGACUACAACUACGCUAUGUGGUCCUUGAAUGUCGGCCGGAGAAGCUACAAUUUAAAUGUUAGGGAAGAUCCAGAGGAAUGUUUGGGAGACUCUUACGACUAUGUGGUUGCGAAUACUUUUAAACGAAUCGUUCUCCGAAUGAAGCCAAAUCCAACAAAUUACAAAAUCUGUUAUUUGCAAAGGACAAACCUUCGGAAAUCACGUCAGAUCUGCUGCCAUAUUACCAAUCCUGAUCCUACGAACUUUGAGUACAGAUGUCCCAAAAUACAGUCACAUCAUGUGUCUUUGACGAAAAGUAUCCGCUUUACCACAAGCUACAGGAAAGCCCAAUGUCUCCGUCCUCUAUUCUCUUUGAAAUUUUUUGGAGUGAACGCGGGGGUAUAGUAACCUUUAUUCGUAAGACUUCAUUAAUAUCGGUCUUGUCAUAUAUUAUCUACCACAGUUACAGAAGCAACCUACUAAAUAUUAUCGUACUUUUACCAAUGAUCGCCUUCCACGCUCUUGUAAUAUCUCCUCUCGCUGCCUUCCAAAUUGGAAAUAAGGGCGAUAAAGAGUUACUUAUCGAAAUACUUCAAGACGAAGGAUUUGUCGGGGGAGUCCCUUUUUUGAACCACUUGCCAUUCAACAUUAAGUCUUGGCGAAGAAAUGUUAGGGACGUAGAAAAUUUCAUUUUUACAAUCCCAAAUAAAUUUGUUAGACCAACCGUUAAGACAAUUCCAAAAUCAGUUGCACUAUAUGCAUGCUAUUUACUUAAAGUGGUACUCUUUGUUUUUUUCCUAUUACUUGCCCCAGCUAUUAUAUAUUUUUACGCGAUAUUAUUCCUGACGCCGCACCUCAUCAUGCAAAUUUUACAAUUUGAAUAUACCUAUCACCGAGAUAAAUAUUUCUACCCGUCACACUGCGAAAUGUUUGAUGUUUUGUGCGCAGUCCUUCUAUUGACAUUUACCUCCUAUACGUAUUAUAUCCUGGUUCUCGCUUCUCAGUCUUUCUUGUUGGGAUUGUUCUUAAAUAUUGCUUACUUCGCUCCCUAUGCUGCACCGCUUGCCGUAACCGCAUUCUAUUGCUGCACUUGUUGGAAGUCUAUGGAAAGAAAAUACUACUACUUGAAACAGCUAAUAUACGAAGAAUGCGGAAAAGAGGAAAUCAAUAAUAAUUCGAACCAACGUCUGCAACAAAACGAAAGGUUGUUACCCGUUGUGUCCAGAGAGCUUUACGAAAAUAUCAGAGAGAAAUUAUUACCCUACGAUACAAACUUGACUUGGCUUGGCUUAAAGAUUGGACUUUUGCUUGGAUAUUUGUAUUUCGUUCUUAUGGUGUUAGAUAUACUUCAUGAACACAAUUUUACAAUUCCUGCUCAAAUGUGGACAAUGAUUAGUGUCAGUAUCAUACCGUUUAUAUUCAAUACGUUAGCAUUGAAAGUCAGCGGUGGAGAAGGAAAAGAACCAUGGAUUAGGGUCCUAGAACUGAAUGUGAAAGAAAUGGUGCCUAAACUCUGGCAAACCGAUGGAACUCGUUCUCGACUAGCUCUUAGAGCUUUGGUAGUGAAGGAAAGCAGUUCAAACACAGUUUCUGUCGAUGUUGUUGAUUCUCAGGUAACACCAGAAGAGAAUGCAUCCAUUCAAGAUGCACAAAAUUCACACAAUGAAAUACAAUGCAAUAAUUCAUUUAACGUCGAAACAGAGAGAGUGGUUACCCAAUCUCCCGAGGGAAUGGUUACCCAAUCUCCCGAGGGAGUGGUUACCCAAUCUCCCGAGCCAUGCAGAGGUUAAUGGUAAAAGUGCACGACACAAUAACAAGCAGUAUGUAACGGCUAUGUGAUCGUUCUAAACAGUCAUCCUAUUUUAUUGUUUUUUAUUAAUACGACAAACAUUUUAAUGAACGGGUUGAAAACAUGUGGAAAAUGUGCAUGCGGAAAAUAUACGUAGUUGAGUUACUAACAUUCAGUAAACGAUGUGAUAUUAUUUGCAUCCCUAUAUCUAUCUUUAAUUUCAUAUCUUUAAUUAAGUAUAUGUCCAUAAUAAAAAUAUUGUAAAGGUAUGGAUCUAUAGUUUUGCAUGUGUCUUAAUAUCAUAUUUUGUGGUUGA